CCGCGUAAUCGUGAAUUUGCGAGGACGUCGUUCCAGACGUUCAAGGUUCGCAGCAAGGCCAGGCAAAAGCGGGCAACAUUUACAUUCACGUUUCUCGACGUGCUCGCCGUGCUGCAUCGUCAAUCUCUCGAGUCAAGCGACUCAGCAAAGUAAUCAACAACCCCAUCCCCUCAAACGCUCUCGUAUUGCUGCUGACGUAUCGCUAUCCCACGCCUGCUGCUGAAAGCGGUGCUCAUGGGAAACAACAAUGUCCGCAACGCAAGCGAGAGAACAAUCUCGCAGCGCGUCCAGAAAUGACAGAAUGAGCGACGAGGAGGGACGAUCAGAUGGCUCGUCGCUCUCCAUGCCACCCGAGGAUGAGGAGAGCGUGGAUGGAGAAGGAGAAGAAGGAGAUGAGAACGACAAGGACGAGGUGGAUGAGGCCAUGGAAGUGGAGGACGGCGAACCGGAUGAGGAGGACGAUGCAAGAGAAAACGGCAGGGCGGCAAUGAUUUCGGAUGAUGACGAAGACUCCGCGAGUUCCGCUCCGCAGCGUCCUCGCACAAUUCGGCGAGAGAAGAGAGUGGUGAGCACUCCGGCGGAUACGCCUACUCCUCGCACGCAGAGCGGCAGACCUGCUCGAGCGGCUGUUCGGAAGCCUGUCAUCGACUCUGGUGACUAUGGUGAAGAUGAUGACGAGGAAGAAGAGGAGCAGGAGGAGGAAGAAGAGGAAGAGGAGGUGCUGUUGGAAGAGGAAGACGAAGAGGAUCAAGACGGCGAGGAAGACGAAUUAGAGGAUGACAUGGCGGCGGACAGCCCUGUCCCUUCACGCCAAUCCAAGUCCAAAGCGGAUGCUUCCAAGCAGGAUGUGCAGCAAAGCGGUGCAAGUAAGGCUCUCCGCAUUAGACUCAAGAUGAGCCCCUCCAGACCCGCAAGCACGGCCUCAAGCGGUGCCAAACCCAAGACGAAAUCGUCGAGCAGCAGCAGUGGAGGCUCCAAGCUGCGUUUCAAAGCUGGCAAAGAAGCGGAUCCCAAGAAGCGCAAGCGUGAGUCAGGAUCGGAGUCCGACUUUGAUACCUCCAUCGCAGGCUUGGGCGACGGACUCCCAAAGACCGCCCGCCAGCUGGCCAGAGCGAAUGCCCAAAAAGCAGCGCAAGCGGAGGCCGGGGCGGAAGGCCGAGAAGGAAGCUGGACUCCUCCUCCUGAACUCGGCGGGGAGCCUGCAGAAGAAUUGAUGAGCUUGCCGAUGGAGGAUGAGAAUCAUCCUUUGAGAAAAAGAAGAACUGAAGCAGAGGAAGCGCUCCGAAAGAGCGAGAUCAAUCGCAGAAGAAAGAAUCAGAGCGAGCGGAAGCUCGAGGAUGAAAAGAUUGAGACCAUCAAUCGCCUUUUGAAGCGUCAAGUAGCUCGCAAUGCUAGCUCUAAAGACGAAGAAGACCCUGAUGACACAGGCGCAAAUGCAGGUUCAAGAUCCGGUCUGCGAACGCCUGCGGAACGCAAAGAUGAGCCUACACAGAUGUUUAGGACAGUCAUUGGCUACACUCGUACGCUUGUGGGCGUGCCGCUGCCUGCUCAGUCCCAGCAAGAGAGCCCGUAUCAGAAGCGAUGGAACGAAGUCUUCCCCGACUUGGGCGUCAAGAGGGACCAUGCUCAAAUACAACAAGCGACGGAGACGAACACUUUGUCAACAGCUGCAUGAAUUGCACGUUGCGUUGCUUCUUGGCAUAAAGAUGCUCUCAGGUAAUAUCAGAUGGAUGCAGACGAGACUAGCUCCUCGCCUAGUGAUGGUAUGGAGGAGUAACUUCAGACACGAGCUGGUUUGCCUUCUCCACGGCAUCCA